GAUCCUGAAAAGGAUUCAAAUAUUGAUGGUGAUCCUUUCAAUACUCUUUUUGUUACUCAUUUAAGUCCUGAAUUAAUGGAAAGUGAUUUAGUCAGAGAAUUCGAAAUCUAUGGACAAAUUAAAAAGAUUCGUCUUGUACGUGAUAAACAAGGAAAGUCUCGCUGUUAUGCUUUUAUAGAAUUUGAAAGAGAAAAAGAUAUGCGUGCGGCAUAUAAGGAUGCAGAUGGUUUAAAGAUAUUGGGUCGUCGUAUUUUAGUUGAUGUUGAACGUGCUCGUACUGUUAAAGGGUGGAGACCUCGUAGAUUAGGUGGUGGCCUUGGUGGUAGAGAACAGCAAAAGUCUUCCUCUGAACGUCACACGAGUCGUGAUAGAUAUCAUGAACGUGAUCGAGGACAUAGAAGUUAUGGAGGCUAUAGUCGAAGAGAUGAUGAUCGAAGAAGAUCUCGUAUGCGCUCACGAAGCAGAAGUCCAAGAGGAUAUAGAGAACGUGGUGAUAGAUACGGUAGUCGUAGAGAUAGAUCUAGAGAUCGUAUGAGUAGAAGAGAUAGAUAUUAA